AUGAGAAUCAGCUGCAAUGGUUGUAGGGUCCUACGCAAGGGUUGCAACCAAGAUUGCACCAUAAGACCAUGCCUUCAAUGGAUCAAAUCCGCAGAUUCCCAAGCCAAUGCUACACUCUUCCUAGCUAAGUUCUAUGGUCGAGCCGGUCUCCUCAACCUCAUCGAAUCCGGUCCUGACCACCUUCGUCCCGCAAUAUUUAGGUCACUUCUGUACGAGGCAUGUGGUCGGAUCGUGAACCCUGUGGAUGGUUCGGUGGGUUUGAUGUGGUCGGGGAACUGGGCACAGUGCCAAGCAGCCGUUGAUGCCGUACUCAACGGCUUACCCAUUACUCACACACCUCUUCCCAGUGCAACCGCGUCGCACCAGAUCGUUCAUCCUCACAGGACUUACGACAUACGCCACGUGGCGAAAGAUCCAACAACCGGCGGCGAGAGUUCGGAUGGUCUGACCCCACGUGUUAACGGUAACAAGACCAAAACACAAACUGGCCGACUCAAACGCCUCGCUGAAUCCGUGAACCAAUUAGGUGAAUGUAGUCAUGACACGUGGCAAAUCCAGAGUCCUGUUGCUACUCUUGGCUAUGGCCAGUUCACGUUGGAGACCGUGGAAAGUCGAAAGGAAUUAGCUCCAUUUAAUCAAAGCUCGAAUCUUGGGUUUGAUGAUGAUCAAGUCGAUACCAACGAGGUUGGCUUAGAGCUCAGACUUGGUUAA